AGCAGGGGAAUCGCAGAAUCGCAGAUUUGACAAGCCGGCUGUUUGUUGUUUGUUUACAUUCUAAUUUUUCAGGAGUCAAUUGAAUUAUUUGCCGAUUAAUGUGGCCGUGCAUGCUCAUGGCUCUUUCUUAAGGGAGGCUGAAAUUUACUAACCUAAAAUGAGUGCUCUCAAAAUUGGCGUUAUUUACCUGAGCGGUGCAUUCGUCCGCUUCUGGUUGAUGAAUUAUUCGGGUCUGCGGCAAAUGAUUGAAGACAGAGUGGAAAUUUCAACUCCUAUAAAUUCGUGGAAAAGAGUGACUGAGGGAGUUCACUUGAUGAAAAAUGAUAUUUCACCCUACGACGGAGACCUUUUCCAUGAAACACCCUUGGGCCUAUUUGCCUUUUCCUGGCUAUUGACUCUCAAACAACCGUUCCUUGAUUUAUUCUUCAUCUUUGUCGACGCACUUACUUGUUUCUGCCUGCAGAUGGUGGCCGAAAGCUACUCUAGCCAAGCUCUUGAAAAGGAGAAGGAAAACAAGAAAAAGUAUGCAGAAGACUCUCACGGAAUACUAUUGACCGAAGAUCAAGUUAAAAGGAUUCCACUGUAUGUAAUUUUCUGCUACAACUUUAAUCCUUACACAAUCUUGAGCUGCGUCGGGAGAACGACGAGUGGAUUCAACAAUUUUUUUGUAGCUCUCACAUUAUUGUUUAUGUGCAAAGGUUGGCUGUUUUUGUGCAGCGCUGCACUGGCCGUUGCUACUUAUCAAGCAUUUUACACAGUCGUUUUUAUUGUACCCGCGUGCAUGUACAUUGUUCAGCAGAAGAAGAUGCAAAAGGUGUGGCCCACUGUGUCAAUAAUGGUCAUAUCCUUUGCGGUGUUCCUUGGCUCUUUGUUUUACCUGUCAAUGCUGUACACAGACAGCUGGGCAUUCCUAACGUCUACCUACAAAUUUUUAAUUUUAGUGCCAGAUUUACGACCAAAUGUGGGACUCUUCUGGUAUUUCUUCACGGAAAUGUUUGAGCACUUCAGGGCGCUCUUUGUUUGCGCAUUCCAAAUCAACUGCUUCUUGUACUUGGCUCCUCUUGCGUUACGUCUGCGCAAGGAGCCCAUGUUGCUGGCUUUCAGUUUGGCUGCCCUGUCGACCGUGUUCAGGUCUUACCCAUCAAUAAGUGACCUUGGAUUUUACUUUGGAAUGCUUCCAAUUUGGCUCCACCUUUUGCCGUACAUGCAGCAAGGCUUUGUCGUUUGCUGCUUCAUAUUGUUCUCCAGUGGACUAGGGCCUGUUGUGUGGCAGUUGUGGAUCUACAUGAGGUCCGGCAAUGCAAACUUUUACUUUGGCGUAACACUUGCUUUUGCCACAGCUCAAAUUUUCCUGAUCACAGACAUUCUCUUUGCGCACAUAAAACGCGAGUUCACCCUAGUCAAUGGAACCAAAAGAGAACUGAACGGAAAACCUGCAAAGCUCGUUCUUGAGUGAAAUAUUGUCGAAGCAUGUUUGCCAAUAUUAAGAAUUAAUAUAAUUCAAAAGGAACUUAUUAUUUGUAAUUUUUCAUUCAAAAUAAAAAAUCGCCUCUGUGUUAUCAAUA